UUUUAAAAGUAAUUUUUUUGGAUGAAAUCUUAGUUUCAAUCGUUGUUCCACAUUGUUCGGUUCAUGUUUCUGCUAUUCGAAAUUUGUUACGGGUAUUAUGACUGAUGAAUGAAUUAAUGCGAUUCAUAUUGUUAGCAAGAUGAAAAUUGUGGAGCAUGUUUAUUGAAUCGUCAAGUCAUUAUAUACUAGUUCAGGAUUUAAAAAAAAAAUGAUUGACUCCUCAGAUUCUACUGACUGCUUCAAGGUGCCUGAAAAAGUCGCUGAAAGGAUACCUGAAGCAGUCGCAGAAAAAAUACCAAAAGAAGUUGCUGAAAUGAUGCCUGAAAAAGUCGCUGAAAAAAUACCAAAAGAAGUUGCUGAAAUGAUGCCUGAAAAAGUCGCAGAAAACAUACCUGAAAAAAUUGCUGAAAACGUACCUGAAAAAAUCGCUGAAAAGAUACCGGAAAAAGUCCCCGAAACGACGCCUGAACAGAAAUCGGAAGGUUUUCGAAAACCAGAGUCGCUAAAAAUUGAAACCGAGUCUAGUAAACUCAACCGUAAAUCUGAAAAGAAGAUAAGAGCAUAUGUCCCUUUACCUUAUAAAGAACCUGAUUGGAGUGGAGUACCACCCCCUAAUUUUUGCUUUGAAGUUAUAAAGAAUGGAACAGUGGUCGACACAAUAAAGGUACUGUCAUCAUUUAUAGUGUUUGGAAGAUUAGAUACUUGUGAAAUUGUUCUUGAACAUCCGUCUGUUUCGAGAUUUCAUGCAAUUGUUCAAUACUGCAGAGGCGAUGAAUCUCAUCCUAAGGGGUUUUAUUUGUACGAUUUGGGAAGCACACAUGGAACAUUUCUCAAUAAGCAGCAAAUUAAAUCAAACAUUUAUUACAAACUGAAAGUAGGAUAUAUUGUAAAAUUUGGAGGAAGUACUAGGUUACAUGUAUUUCAAGGACCAGAAGAAGAACUUGAGGCUGAAGUUAAACCUGUCGCUGAAAAAAAGGAUGAUAAUGUGUGUGAUUGGGGUAUGUGUGAAGAUGCCGAUGAGGAGGAAGAUUUAACUGAAAAUCCAUUUGCAGUAUCAACUCCAAAUGAGGAAUUGUAUAUUGAUGAUCCGAAGAAAACUUUGCGAAAUUGGUUUGAAAGAGAAGGCUAUGAAGUGGAGUAUAAUGUUGAAGAAAAAGGCUUUAAAACCUUUAUGUGUCGUGUGCAGCUCCCCAUCGACACUCCAAGUGGUGAUUUUAUGUCAGUUGAAGCAUCUGUUUCUGGAAAGAAAAAAGAGGCUGUAGUCGCAUGUGCUUUAGAAGCCUGUCGGACAUUGGAUCGUCUUGGUUUGCUUCAUCAGUCCAAACAAGAGAGUCGACAACGAAAGAAGAAAAAGUGGGAAGAAAAUGAUUAUUAUGAUAGCGACGAGGAUACAUUUCUGGAUCGUACUGGUGUGAUUGAGCGGAAACGGGAAAUGAGGAAAAUGGCAGAAAAGAAGUUUGAAAGCGAGACUUAUGAAAGUUUGCAGAUGAAACUGAAAGGUAUUGAAAUUGAAAUUGAGGACAUUAAAAGCAAAAUCUGUGCAGAAAAAAAUACCACAAACAGUGCCGCUUCACAAAGAGAAGAUGAUUCGCUUGAUGCUUACAUGUCUACAUUAUCAGAAACUGAUAAAGUGCCAAGUGAUAAAUUUGAAAGAACAAAGUUAAAAGUGCGAUUAGCAGAAGCUGAGAAAGAGAAGUCGCGUCUAGAAAAAAUGUUAGACAUAGCAAAGCCUACAAAGCUUCCACCUGUUGCAUCUUAUCCAGGCAUGAUUGGUAAAAGGUUAAAAAGUAAAUUGCAAUUACCUGUUGCAGAUAAAAAGGAAUCCUUGAAACAGUCAGGCCUUCCAGGGGAUGAAGAAGAGGUUGAAGAUGAAGAGGAUGAUCUCGAUUCUUCCGUAAAGUUAGACAAAAGCAACAAAAUCCAAAUUUCUACUACAUCUGGUAAAGUACAAACUCCUAAAGAAACUGCUACAAAUAAAAUUGUGGAAAAUAAUAUCAAACUUGAUUCUGAAAUUAAAAAUGUUGAUAAUGUUCGUGUAGGAAAAAAUUUUGGUCUUAUGACGAAAAAUGAAUAUGAAUCGACUAAAAUGGAAAUAGAAGAGGCUUUGGAAAAAAAAGACAAUAAGCCUUCUAGUUUGGAAAAACAUUCACAAAUCCCUUCUAAACGAGUCAUUGGUCCCGAAAAACCUGUUGAAAGUGAACAGUUAGAAAAUAUGAAUGUUUCAGCUGCCAAACGAGUUAAACAACGAAGUAAGUCGAAACCUGAGGAAAAAGUAGACGUGUAUAAGAUAGAAAAUGCUGAAUAUUCAAACUGGAUUCCUCCAAAAAAUCAAACUGGGGAUGGUAUGACACAUUUGAAUGAGAAGUAUGGUUAUUGAAUGUUUUCAACCAUGCAAUGUACAUAAAAUAUUGAUGAAAAUAAAUUUUUGUGCACAUUUACUGUUUUUAAUUUUCACUAUAUUUUGUGCCAGUACGUAAUUAAUUUGCUUACUCUUCAAUUCACACUAUUUACAAUUUUUGUUAGAGUAAUUGUUUUGCUCCCAUC